AUGGCGGGUUUACAACCUCGUUCGGCUUUGUCCGCCCCGUUCUCCCUCUCUACGGCUUUUCGCAACCUUUCGUUAACCGCCUCCAAACGGUCCUUCUCCACGACAUUGGCCACGCAGAAGACGAAACAGCUGCCUGAUUACAUUCCCCCUUACCCUUACGGACCAAACUAUGUGUACAAGCAGUCGAACAGCGGCCUCUAUGGAGGCGUUAUGAUCCAAUUCGGAAAUAAGAUCUCCAAAGGUCGUAAUGAGGGGAAAACCCGACGCUUCUGGAAGCCAAAUGUCCGCCGAAAGAAGAUCUACAGCGAAGCGCUUGAUGAGUGGCUGUUUAUCAAGGUUACACGUAAGGCUUUGAGGACAAUCCGGAAGUCUGGUGGCCUCGACAACUACCUUCUUGACGACCGGCCCGGGCGGGUCAAGGAACUUGGAGUGUUCGGAUGGCAGUUGAGAUGGAAGGUUAUGCAAACCCCGAAGAUUCAAGAGCAAUUCCGACAAGAACGGAAGCGCUUAGGACUCCCCGAACCGCCAUCAUUCGAGGAGUGGGUGGCGCAAAAGGAAGCCGAAAUCAAGGCGCAGGCGGAGGAUCUGACCAACAUCAAGGACAUCACGAAGCCAUCUUACAACGAGAAGCAGUAUUAA